UUAGCUAUUUUAGAUCUUCUUUAAUGUUUACUUUACUUACUUUACUGUUGUUCUACAAUGAAUAAAUUAUGUAGAAUUUGUUUAGAGGAAGGUAUCUUAUCAUCUAUAUUCACUAAAAGUUACAAUUUAGCCCUGUGUGAAAUGAUAGAAUACUGCAGUAAUGUUAAGAUAAGCAAAAGUGAUGGCUUACCAGAACAAAUAUGCAGCAAUUGUAUCUACAAAUUGGGAAUAUCUUACCAUUUCAAACAGUCAUGUGAAAGUUCAGAUGUGCGUCUCAGACAGUAUCUAGGACUCAGUAUUCCAAGCAAAGUGAGCCAUGCUAUGGUCAUGACUGAUCCCAUCGUCAUGACCCAACCAACAAUAGUAAAAAAAUGCAAAUGUCAACAUGUACAGCAGAAGAAAAGCUCUUCAAACUACAAAAAGAAACCUGAUACAGAGAAAUUAAAAAGAGGCCCAAAACCAAAACCCAAGAAAGAUUACACCUGCAAUCAGUGCAAUAAGGAAUUUCGAUGCCAAGCGCAGUUAGAAAUGCAUGUGAGAACCCAUACUGGAGACAAACCGUUUGUAUGCAAAUAUUGUCCUCGACGAUUUUCGCAGAAGCACAAUCUGACUAUACAUCUUAGAGUGCACACUGGAGAAAAGCCAUUUCAAUGUGAAAUUUGCAGUAAAAGAUUCUCAGCUCAAGGGAAUUUACAAGCACAUAUAAAAAUCCAUACUGGCCAAAAGGAUCAUGUCUGUUCAUUGUGUAACAAGUCCUUUAUAACGUCCAGUGAAUUAACAAGACACAUACAGAAGCACAGAGGAGUGAAGAAUUUUAAAUGUGAUAUUUGUCCGUCAGCAUACAUUCAUCUCCGGGACUUAAAAUUACACAAACUAAGAAAGCACCAAGCUUCCAAUACGAUAUGUAAACAACGGAAUGAAUACAAUCCCAACAAAAGUAUAGACAUCGUUGGUGUAGAUGAAAGCAAAAAUGUCACUUUGCCAAGAAAGGAUGAAAAUUAUGUAGCGAGCAGUAAAAGUGCUCAAGAGUCUCUUCUAAUCGGCAAUCAUUCAAUUUUCAGUCCUAAUUCAAAUAAAAUAAACGAAUCAUACAUUUGCUCAAACUGUGGUGAAACAUUCGACUAUAUGAGUGCAUUGGCCCAACAUUACUUGCUACAUCAUAAAGUGUAACACCUAGGCGAUAUGGUGGCAAAGCGAUAGGUCCUUAAGAAAGCGGUGCCGCUAUAUUAUGUCCAUAAUAUGAUGGGAAUACCUUAAAAUGACGGUCGUCUAUUCCUCUCGCAGGAAGAGAGGAAAAUGCAAAGACCUUGGUUUUGGAUGAUCAACUCACACUGGAGGAGUGUGGAGGGGCUUAUCUUUAAUUCGAUCUAUAUGCCACAAUUUAUAGUCGCACGCUGAGUCAGUGAAGAAUAUGAAUAUGUAAGUGUGAAAUGAUGUAUAAAUCACGACGUUUACUAAAAUAGCUGAUUAUGAGAAUUAUAGAGUCUAAAACAAAUUUGACAGACUUUGCCUACCAAUCCUGUCUUAACGUCAAAUUCACUUAGUACAUUUAUUGCUCUUACCUAUUCAGGGAUUAUUUGGCGGCUAAGAAAGAACCUUAAACGUAUAAGAGAUGGCUAAGCCUACAGCAUCUUAGUAAAAGCACCGCUAAGACGGCUCCGCUAUUUGAUGUGAAGUCUAGUUUCAGAUAUUUCCGUGAAUUCCCGAGUCGCUACAUUACAGCCGCUAUGUGGCGGCACCGCUCUCCUGUGGAACCAUCGGCAUCUAUACCUGAUCUAAAGUACCUGUUCAUAAUGCUCUACAUUAUUAAGACUGAAAUCAUUAAGAGCUGCCAAUUUAGUGUAGUUAUGGUGUAGCAAUCAAACAAAAAAACCUUUAAUGCAUGUAAAAUACAUGAAUACAAUUUUGUAGUGAUUUAACUUCAUGCGUGCUAUUUAUUUGAAACUUUAUGUUACUAUUUA